CGAUGACUACGCGCUCUCAACGUCGGACACUGUAUUAACAGUCAUAUGAUCGAUACAGUCAGCUGAAAGAUGGCAAGCCAAACGCAGGGUAUUCAACAACUUCUUGCAGCCGAAAAGAGGGCCGCAGAAAAAGUAGCCGAAGCACGAAAAAGGAAAGCGCGACGUCUGAAACAAGCCAAAGAGGAAGCCCAAGAUGAGAUUGAAAAAUACAGGCAAGAAAGGGAGAGUCAAUUUAAAGAAUUUGAAGCUAAGCACAUGGGUUCCCGGGAAGAUGUUGCAGCCCGUAUUGAAGCAGACACCAAACUGAAAAUUGAGCAAAUGAACCAAGCGGUGGCUCAAAACAAACAGCAGGUAAUCCAGAAGAUCUUGGAACUGGUGUAUGACAUAAAACCUGAACUUCAUCAGAAUUUCCGUGCUGAAAAGUAAAAUCAGUUGUCAUAAAAAAAAAUUGAUAGAUCUACCUUUUUAUUCCUCCCAUUAGUAGAUCAUGAUAAAAAUGUCAUCCUAAUUUGAAAGUAGUUUGAGUAAAUUAAGUACGGGUCAAAUGCAUUUGGUGAUGGAGAUGACCAUUCUGGUAUAAAGGUAUUAUUGAAGCUGUUUUCUUGUAAAUUUGUAUAUUUUUGUUGCAAUGUAAGUGUAAUGUCAUUGUUGUACAGUGAAAAAAUACAGUGUCAUGUAGUAUUCAACUUAAGCUUUUAAUUUAUAUCCUUUAUCCAAUGUUUAUUAUAACUCCCAAUUAAAUGCUCAGGCAGGUAUAAUUAACUCUGCAUUAAACUGCUUACGAUGUGCAGAAAUAUUGAGUCCCUUCACCAGAAAAAGCUGGUUGUACUAAGUAUUGUCUUCUAUUUUUAAGAACUAUCUUUAAUGAAAGCAACAUGGUAUUACAAUGCACACAUACAAUGCCAUACAGAAACAUACAUAAUACAUCCAUAACUAUGGGGUGAAAACCGAAACCAAGUAUAAUUAGUUAAAUACAACUACAAUAUUAUAAUACAUCUUUCUGGAAACACACACAAAUCCAUUGCAGUACACUCUUUCCAAUACCAGGCAUCAGCUCACCCCCUCAAGAAUACAUACAUUCUUGUACUCCCAGUAUACAACCAUUCCACAACUUAGAAAUUUAAAGAAAUCUUAAGAUGACUUGUUUUACAGUGAAAUUCAACUGUUGUGAACACACUCUGAAACAUAUUUAUUCUUUCAUGUAAUAAAAAUUAAAAAAAAAUUAAAUAAGUCAAUCACACAAAGUCAGUGUAUGAUACAGUGAAAUAUUUAAUCCACAUUCAAACUUAAGUUCCAGUAUAUACACUUCAAGGGUAUUACAAUCCACAGCAAAUCACUCUUCAAAAACCCAAUACAGGCUCACAAAACCACACUCAUCUACACAGUAUAGCAACAUUAACUAGAACAACUUUCAUAGAAACACUCAAAGUAACUUUUCAUCUUCUCUGGGAUUUAACUUACAAUUUCAAAAGCAUUUAACAUUCGUACGGUUUCCAAUAAGAAAUCACCAACAAGUUUGUGCACUUAAUGCAAAAUAUAUCUGAAUUAAUGAAAUGGAAGAGCAUAACUGGUUGUGUAUGUGUAUACUUUUUCAUGUUAUGUACUAUAAUUGUACACAAUGCACAAUAAACUUAUUGUAACAUCUGUGUAUUCUUUACAACACUCGUGUAUCCCAUAUGGCCAUCAGCAAUCAUUUGAACUUGUUAAAUGUCAUGUGGCAGAACUUGUGAACAAUUUGAAUCAUAUUUCUUCCUUUCCAGGUAAACAUAAAAGAUAGAAUGUUCAGUUACCCAAAUUAAAAUAUAUGAACUUCCAUUUUGUCUACUAAUAAAAAAACAAACAAAAACUUUGUUAUGCAUUUUUAACAUUAGAAACCAGUAAAGCUGUAAUUUCGAAGGCCAAUUAUGUAGCCACAAUAUAAAGUAGAGAAUGUACAUUAGUUUCAAUAUUGAUUACAUAAGUAAUCAUAUAACUAUCUACUUUUCCUAACUCUAAGGUCAUGACAAUGUUUCAAAAGUUCACACACAUAUCCCAAAACAGCUAAAACAUUCUACAUAGUGAACAUACAAAAUAACAGGGAAUAACAUAAGAAUGGUAAGAUAUAUAUACCAAACAUACAUUACAUACACCAAGCACAACACUCUUUCACGGCCACUUUCCAUGUGUCCACAUACAUCACCAUACAUUCCUAUUGCUCCAAUGAUAUGAUGUAGUGGGGGACUCACUCGCUUUUCAUACCGUUUUCUUCAAAAAUCUAAUCAUUUUAAUCAUCGUAACAAAAUCUAUGACUUCUUUUGUACAGUUUAAAACAACAUGCUACCCAAGAUAUCACAUUUUAUGCAUGAAGUAGCCUCAUUCUUAUUUUACUGUUCAAUUUUGACUUAGUUUUAUCAAAUUCUCGAUUUGGAGUUCAUCUUAUCAGUAGAUAAAUCACUUUACGAAAAAGACUUUUAUGAAACAACGCAUAUGUUCGAAAACAGCAUUAUUAUGGGUAUGUAAUGUAUAUAUGUGUUAGGAAGGACACCUCAAAUUAUACUAAUACAUUUACAGUAAUAUGCUUCAUUUUAAAGCAAGGUUCAUCAGCUCACAUGAUUAUAGUUAUGUGAACUAUGAAGACACAGUAAAAAUACUGUGUGUAACUACCACUGAGAAUAUACUUUAAUAGUAUUCAGAGACAGAAUGACAUUUAAUUUUUGAGUAUCAAACACACCAAAGCAUUUUAACCAUAACUCAUAACAGAAAAGGAACUAAUGUGGUAUUUGCUUUCGUUUAUAAAACUGUUUAAACAAAAAAAAAAAAAAAAAAAAAAAA